GGUUGCUAGGCAACGGAGCACGCCGUGGCAGGACACAUAUACACACACACACAGCUCCUGAUAUAAUAACGGUGUUUGUUUAUCCUCGAUUUUUUAACACAGGAAUGCUUUUAUGGAUCCGGGAAUGCUGACGAUUAGUAAAAAGCCAAGGUAGAGUUAGCAGAUCUGUCAAGGAUGGCGUCCGAGUCGGUGAAGGUGGUGGUACGAUGCCGGCCUCUGAACAACCGAGAGAAGGCUCUCAACUGUAAGAUGGUGGUAUCUGUUGAUUGCAGUCAUUGUCAAUGUUUCAUCGAGAAGCCCGGAGCCUCCGAAGAGCCGCCCAAGCAGUUUACAUUCGACGGGACGUACUUCAUCGAUCAGACCACUGAGCAGAUGUACAACGAGAUUGCUUAUCCUCUGGUGGAGGGUGUCACUGAGGGAUACAACGGAACUAUUUUCGCUUACGGACAAACAGGAAGUGGAAAAUCGUUCUCCAUGCAGGGUGUACCAGACCCCCCAGCUCAGAGAGGGGUGAUACCAAGAGCCUUCGAGCACAUCUUCGAAACCAUCCAGUGUGCAGAAGACACAAAGUUCCUUGUACGAGCUUCAUACCUUGAGAUCUACAAAGAGGAGAUCAGGGACCUGCUGGGAAAAGACACCAAACAGAAGCUGGAGCUGAAAGAACAUCCUGAGCAUGGAGUGUACGUGCGAGACCUCUCCUUGCACACGGUGCACAGUGUGGCAGAAUGUGAGCGGAUCAUGGAGCUGGGCUGGAAGAAUCGCUCAGUGGGAUACACACUCAUGAACAAAGACUCCUCCCGCUCACAUUCCAUAUUCACUAUCCACCUGGAGAUCUGCAACACAGAUGCUGCUGGUGAAGACCAUUUACGUGCCGGAAAGCUCAACCUGGUGGACCUGGCUGGCAGCGAACGCCAGUCCAAGACCGGUGCCACUGGAGACCGUCUUCAAGAAGCCACCAAAAUCAACCUGUCCCUGUCAGCACUGGGCAACGUCAUCUCGGCGCUGGUGGACGGACGCUCCAAGCACAUCCCGUACCGCGACUCCAAGCUUACUCGCCUCCUUCAGGACUCUUUAGGUGGCAACACACGCACCCUCAUGGUGGCCUGCCUCUCCCCCGCCGACAACAACUAUGAGGAGAGCCUGAGCACGUUGCGCUACGCCAACCGUGCCAAGAGCAUCCAGAACCGUCCACGCAUCAACGAGGACCCCAAGGAUGCACUACUGCGCCAGUACCAGGAGGAGAUCAAACAGCUGAAGGCGCUCAUCUCCGGGCAGCUCGGGACUGGAUGCCUCGACUCUUUGCUAGCAGGUCAGAGGUUACAGGUGAGCACAGGCAUCCAGUCCAGACCACAGAGCAGCGAGAAGGAGAAGAUUAAACAGGAUUACGAGGAGAAGCUUGCCAGACUGCAGGCAGACUACAACGCAGAGCAGGAAUCCAAAGCGAAGCUCCAGGAGGACAUUGCGGCCUUGAGAAUGUCUUAUGAGAGCAAGCUGUCCAGCGUGGAGAGAGCAAAGUGUUCCCGAGCAUCAGGCGACGCCACCAAAGAGGUCAGUCCUGUCAACGGAGCCACCCCUGAGCCUUCAGAAGCUUCCCAGGACAUGCUACAGGAGAGCGAACCAAACAAAGGAGUUCUGAGAGCAGGUCCAGGGGGAGAACCCGGAGUUCCAGAGUCGGCGGUCGUUGCUACGCCAGGCCCAAUGGAUCAGAAACAUGUUUUGGAAAGGCUUCAUCAGCUAGAGCAGGAGUUUGUCGGCGGUGAGCAGGCGAGAAACGAGGAGCUGAGGCAGCGGCGGAGGCAGAGGAAGACUCUGGCUAACCAGAGGAAGAAGCAGCUGAUCGAGGCUCUGAGUCAGUGCAGCGAUGACGGAGACGCCGUGCUGCUCAACGUCUACGACUCCAUCCAGGAGGAGGUACACGCCAAGAACAGACUACUGGAGAACACGCAGAGCAAGCUUAAAGCUGCCAAGUUGGAGAUCCGAGAUCUGCAGGUGGAGUUUGCGGCCGAGCGUGACGACUACCUGGCCUCCAUCAGACGUCUGGAACGUGAGAUGCAGCUCAUGCAGGGCCUCCUGGAGCGCAUGGUGAUGCUGGUGCGCAGGGACUGCAACUACAGCAACCUGGAGCGUCUGAGGAAGGAGGCGGUGUGGGACGAGGACAGCAGCGUGUGGAGGCUGCCCGAGGUGCUGGUGCAGAAAACAGCGCUACCUGCAGCAGUGCCUUCAUCGGCAGCCAGCGGAUCUUCCAGAAUCCCAGGACGCAGGAACUCGGCCACGGAUCCAGCAGAGCCUUUCCUGGAGGAGGAAGACCGUUAUAAGGAGAUGCUAAACCGCAGCGACAGUGAAAACAUCGCCAGUAACUACUUCAAGAUGAAAAGGGCCAAUCAGCUUUUAUCAGGAGAGUCCAUGAAGAACCUCGCCAGUCACUCUGCUGUUCCAGGAAACGGCCCGUCGCAUCAGAACCCCUGUGGAUCGAACCCUAACGCGGAGGCCCUCCUCCCUCGCCCGUUUCGCCUGGAGUCUCUGGGCAUCAUGCCUGCCAACAACAAAGCCAAGAGAAAGAAAAGCAAAGUGUACGUCUCCUGUGAUGGUAUCUGAUCCUCCAUUUUACUGUCUUCGUGAGUGAACCACACGGCUUUUAGGUUAGAAGUUCAGAGUGAAGGAGUGUAUUUUUUACAUCGCGGCUCUCUUGAUUAACAUUUAUACACUGCAUAUGCAUACAAAUGAGGAAAAAUACACCUUCCAUCUAUGGCUAUAAAUAAAUCCCUUUAAUGCAUGAAGUAAUUGAUUAUUAUAGCAUGAUGAUGAUUAACUGAGCUCAGGGUAGUGUGUGUGUGUGUGAAAGUUUCCUUUAUCAAUUCUGCCAAUUAAUCAGCAUGUGAUUAAUUAAGACAUCAGGUCCUAUUGGUCAUGCACAGCUGGAAAAAAAUAUUAGCAAUAAUUCCCUCACAUACCUUCCCGUCUUUUCCCUCUCUCUCUCUGUCUCUCUCGAAGUUAACAAGACUCCUCUGUCCUGAAUACUUCCUGUAGCUUACAGCUUUACACUGACACUGGAGACUCCUUCCAUGAAUAACAUUACAGUAACAUUUUCUUCUUACAGAAAUAAACUUCCCUCAGACUUUUUUUUUCUUGGGAGGUUUUUAAUGAUAACAUUUAUUGCCUUAAAAUUGCACAAGCCAUACAAAUCCCUGUAUUUUCUAUAGACACAAAACGAAUAUUAGAACCAGUGCAUUAAUAUUUACAUUUCUGGCAUUUAGCAGACACCCUUAUCCAGAGUGAUUUACAUUUUUAUCUCAUUUUAUACCACAUGAGGGUUAAGGGCUUUGCUCAGGGGCCCAGAAUUGGCAGCGUGAUGGACCUGGGAUUUGUCCUCACAACCUGCUGAUCAGUAAACCCAACACCUUAACCACUAAGCCACCACAUCAUACUACGAAUCUGGGAUCAGUAACAGAAAAAAAUCAGCUUUAAAUCAUUUCAUCAGCGCUGAUGCUGUAAAUGUUUGUUAAGGGAGCCUUUAUCUGAAGUGACAGUCAUUGCUUAUGACUAGUAUUUCUGUAGGCUGUAACUGUAGACUGAUUCCCUCGACUUCUACACGCACUGAAAUUUGUAUCACUGUCCAAAUCGAAUGUGUUAUUAAAAGUACAAAUUGGGAAAAGUGUGGUUUAAAGUGAGGUCUUUUUUAUAUAAAGGGGCUCAGAAAAAUGUAUACACACUUCAACAUGAAAAAUAUAUGCAUAAAAAUGUUAUUACUAAAUUUAUAAAAACAUUAAAGGGAAGUUUUAAGUCGUGUUUGAAUUAUGCAAUCAUAUUAGGUGCUCAAAGUGGUCACCAUUAGCGUCCAGACGCUUUUGGUUUCGGGGGAAACUGCUGUAUGAACAACAUUGACUACAGCGUCCGUCAUCCAUUUUUUGGGCCCCUCUGUAUUAUACUUUCACAUUCACAGAGUUAACUGUUUGGUAAUAUUUAGUCUUUAAGCACUCCUAGUCGUCUUAGAGCCCAUUGCUGGUCCUCAUCUUCAUCAGGAACCAUCUGUAGGCUUAAGCUUAGGGCAUGUGAUAGCUUUUGGAUGGCCAGUUGUUCAUUGUCGGAGACACUGCUCUUCAAGGACGCCUCUUGUUUGUGCUUCUGAGGCCGGUCUGGAAAGGAGCUUGACAAUGGGGCAUCCAAGCCUUGUUUGUUUUCUGGCAUUACAUUUUUUAGUAGACCUAGUUUACGUAAAGCCUCCAGCUUGUGCUUAUCUGGUCUCAUCACACCAGGAGAACCAUCACAGGACAAAGACCCCCAGUCUGAUGAUGCUUGAUCCUUUUGUUUAGGAGGGAUGCUAACAUUGGUAGUUGCCUGGACAAGAGGUAUAGGAACCAUGAAAUUCUUCAUUCGAUUGAUGUGAUGCUUUUUGACCAUAGUGUAACCUGACUCUGGAAAUCUUUCAGCAUCAUCAGUGGAGAGACCGCCGUCCUCUAGGGAAUCAAUGGUCUCCUCUAAGAACUUGAGACAAUCCUUUUCUUCUGCUG